AAGAUAAAUACAUCGAAGCAGAAAAAGGAGAAGCGGAGAGCAAAAGGGAAUCGAGAGGAAAGAGAGCAGAGAAUAUGGGAGAGGGGAGAGGCUCUACCUUAGUGUACCUGCUGGUGGUGGUUCUGAGCUUAGUCGCUUUUGGCUUCGCCAUUGCUGCUGAACGCCGAAGAAGCAAAUGGACUUUGCUUCCAGUUGUCGAUAAAGGCACUGUCAAUAUGACAUACUGUGCCUACGACUCAGAUGUGGCAACCGGUUAUGGUGUCGGGUCAUUCUUGUUUCUUCUCUCCAGUGAAUCACUGCUUAUGGGUGUCACAAAGUGCAUGUGUUUUGGCAGGCCUUUAGCCCCUGGUGGAAAUCGAGCCUGGUCAAUCAUUUACUUUGGCUCAUCAUGGGUAACUUUUCUGAUCGCUGAGGCAUGUCUGAUUGGUGGUGCAGCAAAGAAUGCCUAUCACACCAAAUAUAGGGGCAUGAUUUAUGCCCAUAACCUCUCCUGUGAAUCAUUGCGGAAAGGGGUUUUCAUAGCAGGAGCUGUGUUUGUGGUCAUCACAAUGAUUCUUAAUGUGUAUUACUACAUGCACUUCACCAAGGCAACGGCUCAGACUGCGAAAAAAGCAAAUCGUGCCAAUUCAACUGUUGGGAUGACUGGUUAUGCAUAAACUAGAGCCAAACUAAAUUGGGUCUCGACUCUUCUUGACUGGUGCAUCUUAUGUUGCUAAAAAUGUGAUUACUGUGAUUGUAAAUUGUAACAGUCCACUGUUAGUGAUUGUCUUGUAUCCAUAAGUGAAAGUAGCAUUCCUCUUUUUGCCUUGAAA